ACCUGACUAUAGGUAGGGAUCUGAUCUUUCAUGAUCUCACGGUUUCACCUCAACCCGGAUAAAGGCCUUACGUAAGGCUCUGUUCUGUGUGAAGUAGGCAGGUGUGCUUGUUCUGAGCGGGAGGAGUGAUCUCACCACAGGCUUGACUGUUAGAGUUUCUAAGCUCCACCCCUUCGGUGCUUGGAAAUCCGAGAGCAGAUUUAUAUUAGCUAUUCACAGAUCACGGUUGGAGCCUACGGGACAUUGUCACUCAGGAUUGGCUUCACAGGAAAAUUCCGCACCACCUAUCCUCCAUACUUCUUUAGCACCACAGGACACUGCAAGUGUGACACUAAUAUGAGGAAGCCAUUAUAUGCCCCAGACCCCGGAGAACCUCAGGGGCCACUCAGCUGGUGUGUUUAGGGGACUAUGCUCUCCCAGGUCCACACAUUAAGGCAAGCGUAAGCCGUGAACGAGCCCGGCCGGAGCCACCUUCCAGACAGCAUCCACACCUAUGCAACAGUGAUGGAACUGAUGCUCCCAGGCACUGACAUGGGGCCCCAGAAGGACUCUUUCCCCCUGAGCAGAAGUUGCAAGAGGCACCUUUACCUCCACGUCCGGAGAAAACUGAGACCCAUAAGGAUUCUAGGCUUCGUCCUCAGCAUUGUGGCCCUCAGCGCAGUCUUCUCAUUGGGUGCCUUCCAGUGGACUACUACAGGGCUUAAUGAAGGGGAUCCACCUUCCUCCUCCUCCCCGUCCUCCUCCUCCCCUUCCCUUACAAUGUCCAUGGCCCCCAUCAGAACUCUACUCUCCACCAAGCACCAGGGAGGCCUCAACGGUUCCACGAUGGAGGACAUGCCGGUGGCCAUGAGGUCUUCGGACAUCGAGAUGAACCAGGGGGACUACCCGACGGAUCUCUUCAGCCUGGAGGAGCGGAGGCAGGGGGCUGUAGUCCUGCACAUGUGCGGUAUGAUGUACAUGUUCAUCGCCUUAGCCAUUGUGUGCGACGAGUUCUUCGUCCCGGCGCUUACCGUCAUCACCGAGAAACUGCAGAUCUCGGACGACGUCGCCGGCGCCACCUUCAUGGCAGCCGGAGGCUCCGCCCCGGAGCUCUUCACCUCCGUCAUCGGAGUGUUCAUCUCCCACAGCAACGUGGGCAUAGGGACCAUUGUGGGUUCGGCCGUGUUCAACAUCCUGUUUGUCAUUGGGAUGUGCGCAUUGUUCUCCAAGGAGGUUCUCCAGUUGACCUGGUGGCCCCUCUUCAGAGACGUCACCUUCUACAUCGUGGGCCUUCUAAUGCUCAUUGUGUUUUUUUUGGAUAACCAAAUCUUUCUGUGGGAAAGUACGGCCUUGCUCUCUUGCUACUGUUUUUAUGUGACAUUUAUGAAGUUCAAUGCAAAUGUAGAGAACUUUAUAAAGAGUAAAUUGGGCCAGAACCAGGUGGAUGAGGUGGAGGCUGUUCCUAAGUUGGAGUCUGAUUUAUUGCUCUCAGAUGCUAUUUUCUCAGAGUCGCACUCUUAUGGAGCGCAGGCAAGCUCUGGUGACGAUGAGAACAAGCUGACGGCCAAGCCCCGUCUCCAGAGAGGAGGAUCCUCUGCGUCUCUCCACAACACCCUGAUGAGGAACAGCAUCUUCCAGCUCAUGAUUCACACCCUGGAUCCCCUCAGUGAGGGUGAGGGUGAGGGAAUGGGGGGGCGCUUCAAAGAGAAGGCUUCCAUUCUUCACAAGAUGGCCAAACAGAAAUGUCAAGAUGGUGGGGAUGGUGAAAAACCCAACGGUGUUGCAGGAGACAAAAACAUCCCCAACAGUUCCAACGUAACAGUAGAAGUCACUUCACCUGCGAACGGCAACAUCGGACCGGUUGAAGAAGAAGAAGAGGACGAGGAUGCUCCCCUGAGUCUGGACUGGCCUGAGACGCCCCGCAAACAAUUAACGUACCUCAUUAUCUUCCCCAUCGUCUUCCCACUGUGGCUCACACUCCCUGAUGUCAGAAGAGAGGCGUCCACAAAGUUCUUUCCCAUAACUUUCUUGGGUUCCAUCUCUUGGAUCGCUAUAUUUUCCUACCUCAUGGUGUGGUGGGCUCAUCAGGUCGGAGAGACCUUCUGGAUUACAGAGGAGAUUAUGGGAUUGACCAUAUUAGCAGCUGGCACCUCAAUCCCUGAUCUAAUCACCAGUGUCAUUGUAGCACGUAAAGGCCUAGGUGACAUGGCUGUGUCCAGCUCUGUGGGCUCCAACAUUUUUGACAUAACUGUUGGCUUGCCCUUCCCUUGGCUCAUCUACGCCCUGUUCAACAGCUUCAGGCCAGUGGAGGUGAGCAGUAACGGCUUGUUCUGCGCCAUCGUGCUCCUCUUCCUCAUGUUGCUCUUCGUCAUCAUCUCCAUCGCAGCCUGCAAGUGGAAGAUGAGCAAGGUCCUGGGGGGCCUCAUGUUUGUUCUCUACAUCUUCUUCCUGGUAACUAGCGUCAUGCUGGAAGACAAGAUCCUGAUGUGUCCCAUUUCCAUCUGAAGCCCUUUUGUCAUCCCCAACUCCCUCCAAACACACAUUCUUUCAAGCACACUGUACACACUCAUUCAGAUGGUCCCCCUUUUUACAAUGGGGAUUCCAUUGGGAAGAGCGGUAGAAAACGAGACUGACCUGAUUCAUUUAUUUCAAAUGUCUGAGCGUAACCGGCAGAUUGUACAUUGUGAACUUGGAUCUGUCUGAGUGACUGGUUCAUGAUUCUACUGCCCAGUGGAAGGGAUUUCUCUCCUCGUCACAUGAUGAUCGUAUCUGAGAGCAUCCAUUGGUUGACUCUGACCAUGGCAAUCCCCUCCAUAACGGAUUGAAGGGGGGUCCUGAUGCUCCAAUCCAGAAGACUUCAUGGCACCAUUAGGGAAUAUCGUUUAUUUUGAAUUAGUCGGGUGUCAAAUGCCCAACUGUCAGUGGGAUUCAGAAAUGUUGAUAGCUGUACGAAGUGGAGCACAGGAAAAGGUCCUGCAUGUCCUGACCAGAAAAGUGGAACCAGUCAGAGGCAUAAUAAGGCAUGAAGAACAUGGUUGGAUCCAUCAACAGGCAGUUCAUACAGCAGUUUGUUCCCUCAGCUUUUACUGAGGAGCUUCAGCGAAUCGAGUUCAGUUCGCACAUGUCCUUUCUGCAAGUGUCUGAAUGUUGCAUGGCUCAAGCGGAAGACUUUAAUUUUAUUUUUGUAAGUUAGUUUUCAGUUGUAUAUGUUUGAGACUUGCCGAAUUGCAAAACCCAGAAGGUUUCUAUUUUUAAAUCUAAAUCAAGAAUUUCUACAGUUCUGAUUUGUUGGAAAACAGGUAUAUGGUUGUAAAGUUUCAAAGUCAAAUGGAAAGUUUGGAAGUUUGAAAAUGUAUAUAAAGUGAAAAUGGUAGCAAUAGUAGCGUCUUUCUAAUGUUAGAUAAUUUUUUGUUUCUUAUCCCCACCCAUAUUGGCCAACACUUACCUGCCCAGUGUUAUCAGAUUUCUGUGACCAACAAAAACAAUGUUAUAAAGCAACUUUGCAGUGUAGAAAUGGAGUUUACACCAGUCAUAAAAAUAUGAAUGCAAAUAGACUGCUGAUUGGCCAGCCCUUCCUUCCCUUGACUGCUGAUUAGGCAACUUCAACUCCUCUGGAGGAUGAUGUCAAAAAGUCUGUUGAAGUUUAGGUUUUGUUGCUCUCUAAUUUAAGCAUUGGUUACAAAUACAAGUAUAAGAAAAGUAAAUUAUUUGUAUUUGAGAUUUUCACUGGGCAGUUAUUUGUUUAAAAUCUAUUGCUCCAAAUGCAUGAACAUUUUUAUGAUUGAAAAUGUGACUGCACAAUUUCUUUUCAAUAGAAAUUCGCACAGUAAUCAACUCUUGUAAGGUCUAUUCUUCAUUUAAACCGGUAAUGAAAAUAUUUGUAAUAUUUUACGAGAUUGGUGAGUGGGAAAUUCAGCAUGCUGUAUAACAAAAGGAACACACUAUAUAAACUUUUAGUAUACAAUAGCCCCUUUAAAAUGUUUAGUGGAAAACAUUUAAAGGAGGUUGUGCACAAAAUCAGUUUUCCAUGUUUGAUAUGUGUAUACUACAGAAUCAUAUAGGGAACAUCUAAAUAGUUUUAAUAUAUAUAUUUUUUUCUGUUUUCUCUGUAUAAUACAGCAAACAGUAACGGGUAUAUCUGAAAUACAUCCUGUUUCAAUCAGCUAAAAAGAAUAGGGGUAUAAAGUGUUUAAAUUGAAUUAAGCAAAUUAGCAUGAAUGACAUACUCAGAAUACUACUAUUUUGUAAAAAAAAAAAAAAAAAACUUAGGUUGCUUUUCCACUGUAACAUCUAUCAGAGAAUGAUGUAAUAUCAAACUGUUUAGUUGAUUCAGCAUUGUGGAAUUACCCUUUCUCUAGAGUGCUUAACCUUUGACUGUUAAUGGCAUACACUUUUUACGCCAACCAUAUGCACAGCACCAAAUUUAAGUCAUUUUCUUAUAAACAUUGAUAUAACAAGCCUGAUUUCAAUGUUUUUCUCCACUGUAUAGAUUUUAAGAAUUGUAAAAAUUACAUUUAUGACCGGUUUGGCAGGUGAAACACCAUUUUCAACUUAUGUUGCAGUUGAAACAAUGUUGAAACGUUGUUAUACAAUCACAUACGAAACAAUAAUUUACUUUCUGAGAAAAUAGGCAGAUUAAUUGAGCAAUCUAAUCUAAGACACCAACAUAAUGGAUUUUUCUAUUUAAGAUAUUUUAUUACUGUAUCCCCCUUCAUUUUUGAUAAAUCCAAUGUCACUGUCAUUGUUUGGUUCUUUAUUAAUGUGAUUUUUAUGUAUUCUUACCUUUUGUUCUGUAAUUUAAAAUCAAAGUAUGACAUCAUUCCAUCCUGUAAAUCAAUAUUACUUCCACUGUUUCAAGGUUUCAAGUUGACAAAGGACACUUUCAGAAUACAGAGAACAUCUUAUCAUUCACUUUGCAUUAACGUAGCAAAGAACAUCCAUAACUAGUGUCAUUUCUUGAUCUUUGUUUUCAAUGGAUCUUAUGGCUGUGUAACAUUUAUUGUAUGGAUGAGUAGUAAAGAAAAGCUGUAAAUAUACAGAACCAUAUGGGUGGCAUAUGGUCAAACUAAUUAAUCAUAAACAAUGAGUGGCAGUGCUUUUAUAUUUCUGUUACACACCAUAUUUAAGUAUGAAUCAUGUAUAUGAAUCAAAAUAAUGUAUGCUUCAAUCCUGUAUAAUGUAAAAAUCAUAUCAGUCAUUCUGUAUAAAAUGUCAUAUAAUAAAUUAAACUUUGAUCGAA